GGGGAUUCUUAUUUGUUUGCUAUUUCCAGGGAAGGGAUUUUAUAAGGUUCUGUAUUAAAUACACUGGUUAGCGGGCGUUUCGAGUAGAGCUCCGCUUGCCCAUGGAAGUUUAAGUUUCGGCUGGUUCUAGAUGGAUGGAACUUUUUUUUAGAACUUUAUCUUUACUGUUUAGAGCUUGUUGUACUCUAGAAUCUAUUGGAGUUGAUUUGCUUAUGGUCCUAGUUCUUGAAUUUCGUAUAUUCUUCUGCACAAUCAAUUGAGAAUCGAUUUGAUAGCAGGUCUUCCACCAAAUGUUUAUUAAAUGAUUUUGCUGAAUAUUCAAAGAAUCGUAAUCAGUUCUCAGAGUGUGUAUUUUGUACACUGUUUGGCCACAGUGGAGGUUCUUUUUAUGGAGCUGAUUGGGUAGACCCCGGUUAUGUGAUUUUCGAUUGGUCCCCCGCUGUUUGGUUAUAGAUUAAAGACCCCUUCCCUUAGUUUUUUCUCCUUUCUUUUCUUGGCGUUUUAAGAACAAAUCGAUAUUGCUUUUUGCCAGUGGACCCUCCAAACAGUGCACACACAGCCCCCUGCCUGACGCUGCCGCUGAGUAUCCCUACACCUAACCCGAACCCCUCUCCUGCCCUUGGCGUAUAUAACAAUAACCCCCUCCCUUCCGUCGUUAGAUGCACACAACGAUGCUCUGCAAUUAAACAAAACAAACAAAAACAGGUGCUACAAAAAUUUAGUUAGUAUGUAAGUGGUAACAAAACGCAACAAAAACUACAACAAAAGCUGCUUCGCAACUUCACAAAGCAACAUCUACAGCCGCAACAAGAAAAACUUACUAUUCUAAUCUAUAACUAUCCAAAGCUAACCCCUAAAAGCCAUACUAGUAUUAGUUUAAGUACUAACGCAACAACUUGAAGCAGAACCACACACUAAAGCCUAUGACUACAAGAAUACUAAAUAUUAUGUACGUAGAUGCCUGCCCUCAGACCAAUUACCACCCCAAGAUCCGUCCACCUGUAAAUUCCGAACAUCGAAUGUCUCCUCACAAUGUUGUCCCGAUGAUUAUUGCAAUACGCGUGCGAAUUACACUGGGCCGAUACCAGACUUUAUGCCGGAACGCACUCUCAACAGCUGGGAACUGGUCGGGAUCAUUGUGUGUGCGACCCUCAUCAUUUGUGUGACGGGAACGACCUUCUGGUACUGCUGCCAGCGACGCAAGCGCUUGGCCAGCGGCAGACCCUUCGCCAAGGAAGACUCCGUCUACGAUCCCAUACUGAAUGGCAAGACCACCAUACACGACAUCAUUGAGAUGACCACAUCUGGUUCCGGUUCGGCUGGUCUGCCGCUUUUGGUACAACGCUCCAUCGCACGCCAGGUGCAGCUCUGUCACGUGAUUGGCAAGGGACGCUUCGGAGAGGUCUGGCGUGGGCGUUGGCGCGGUGAGAAUGUGGCCGUAAAGAUCUUUUCCAGUCGCGAGGAGUGCUCUUGGUUCCGCGAGGCCGAAAUCUAUCAGACGGUAAUGCUCCGACACGAGAACAUUCUGGGCUUCAUUGCAGCGGACAACAAGGACAACGGCACUUGGACCCAGCUAUGGCUAGUCACGGACUACCAUGAGAACGGAUCGCUAUUCGACUAUCUGACUACGCACACGGUGGACACCAACACAAUGCUGAACAUGUCGCUGAGUAUCGCCACUGGCUUGGCGCAUCUGCACAUGGACAUUGUGGGCACCCGCGGCAAGCCCGCCAUCGCCCAUCGCGAUCUCAAGUCCAAGAACAUACUGGUCAAAUCGAAUCUAAGCUGCGCCAUCGGUGACCUGGGACUUGCGGUGCGCCAUGUGGAGAAGGACGAUUCGGUGGAUAUACCAUCUACACAUCGGGUUGGAACUAAGCGCUACAUGGCCCCGGAGGUGCUGGACGAGAGCAUGAAUGCCCAGCACUUUGACUCGUACAAGCGGGCGGACGUGUAUGCCUUUGGCCUGAUCCUCUGGGAGAUUGCACGGCGCUGCAACAUGGGUAUGAUCUACGAUGAGUACCAGUUGCCGUACUAUGAUGCCGUGCAGCCGGAUCCCAGCAUUGAGGAGAUGAAGAAGGUCGUUUGCAUUGAGAAGAGUCGCCCCAAUAUACCGAAUCGUUGGCACGCCUCCGAUGUGCUCCACAACAUGGCCAAGGUCAUGAAGGAGUGCUGGUAUCCGAAUCCUGUGGCGCGUCUCACUGCACUGCGAAUCAAGAAGACCCUCGCAAGUAUCAGUGUGGAGGACAAGGUAAAGAAAUGAUUGUGGCUUUAGUUCCAGUAGCUUCAGUGCCCGCCCAGUGGAAAGAGAGUGUCUGUACAUACGAGUGCGUGUGUGUGUGUGUGUGUGUAUGUGUGUGUGUACGUGUGUCUACUCCAUGCAGCAGUAACCUGUAACCUGUAACCUGGCCCCGCGUGACCUUAAAUGUCGUGACAGCGCCUGCGAAGCAGAUCCAGCAACCCGUUAAGAGAACAGAAAUACAAAGAAAGCUGUAAAUAUUAAGUGCUAAUUGAUCCUGCGGGAUUUCAUUGCUUUGCUUUGCUUUGUUUUUUGCCGUUUUGAGUUUUCCCACCCACCAUCCCCGACCGACCCGACAAUUGUACAUAGCUUUCGUUGACAUUUCCGCUGAGAUUUACUUAUAUUGGGGCUGCGUGAGCAAAGCGGCGCUCCAGAGGAAACUGCCGCACUGCCAUUAGUGCCACCAAUUAGGGCCUAGAUAUACAUACAUACCCACUAUACCCACAAAAGAUACCAACAUCGUAAAUAUAUUUUUUAUAAACCUUGUUUCAAAAACGAGACGAUACAACAAACGAACGAAAAAAUACAGUAAAAGACUUUGCCAAGACUGAACAGCAGUGGAAAUCAGUGAGAGAUACAUAAUUGCGUAUAUUAUCAAAGUAAAUUGAAUACAGAAAAUACAGUAGAUCCGAACUGCAUGCACUUUUCGACUUCACAUUAUGAAAUAUAUAUGGAAUCGACAAAGAUAACAGGAACAGCGAUGGGGGGGCGGGAAUCAACCAAUUUAGGCGUAGACCAACAGAAUUGUUGACCAAACGCAGGAAAUCUUCAAGUAAAAGUAAAAUUUAAACAUACAAAUCGUAAAGGUGCGCCACCUGCUCACGCUAAGCCUGCCGCGCCCCAAAGCUAUUGCUUUGCUGUGUGCGCCUCCCAAGCUAAAUGUAUCACACAAACAUAUGCAUAUAUCGCUUGGUGUAUCCAAAAUCCUGGAUCAGAGCUUCAAUGGUUUGCUUCUUCAUUCACGCCUCAUGGUCAUUAGUUUUGUUACAUCACCUCUACAUCCCAGUUGCAUCAGAUCCAUUAACGUAGCCGUUUAACUAUAAUCUAUUUGAUUUCUUUUUCUGUUAUAACCAAAGCUUGUUUUCCUAUUUUUUUGUAGUCAUAAAAAGAGAAAGCAAAGUAAACGAAACUAAUUGAACAUUACAAAAGUAUAUAGUCAUACGUAUUUGUAUAUUAAAUGUGAACUAUUUUUGCUUCAAUUGCAAAUUGUAAGGAACUCGAUGUUUCAUGGAAUCACCUAAGCCCAUAGUCUAAGUCUGUAAACAGAGUUUUGCGUGUUCUAGAAUAUGUUUAACAUAGCCGAGCGUUUUAUUUCCCCCAUAAUGCCAUAAAGCUGAAAGAGUCCAUAACCAAAUCUCUACGAGAAUGCAAUAGUAGUUUCUAUAUACGAAAUGAUUCCUGAAACCCCCGCAUACAAUCCACACAGACACCAACACAAGCUGAGAGAUUAACGUAAUCAUUAAUUUAAACAUUAAAUAAUUUCGAUGUAAGCUAUGUACCACUAAGCAUUUGUACGGAUCUUGCAUGCAAGAUUGUAACUAGAAUUAUGAUUCUAUUUUAGAAACUACUCGUAUAUAUUAAACUUUUGUUACAUUUUUGGCCUGCUAAAUUUUAUUUCCUACAUAUAUUAAUUUCCUGUACGAACCAUCCAGUCCGGUCUAAACAAAACCACAUAUUUCUAGCCUUUAUACAAAACACGUGCAUACAUUAUAAAAUACGAUGCAUACAUAUAUUUAGUUUUUAAAACUCUAAUUCCUGUAAUUGUAAAAUCUGUAAAUAGUCCGUGGAGUCUGUGCGUGCGAGUCAAACACAUAAAACGAGAAACAAUUUAAUGGAUCGUGUUAAAUGCUAAAUGUUUAACUGUGUUCUAGGCUAAGUUUAGGCCGAGAGUUUUUUUCAAGAGACAAAUCCAUAAGAUAAACAACCUCCGAUGGGUGUUCUUCCUACCGUUCCACCCCAACCUUUGAUCCAAACCAAAAACAAUUUCCAUUGAAAACGAAAAGAAACCUACACAAAAAACUUGAACCAUGCGCAAAAAUGUGAAACGAAAAGGAGAAAUAAAACUAACAAAAAAAUCCUAUUUUUCUUGCAAACAAACAUUAAUUUUUGGUAAAAACGGAGAACCUUGACGUUAUACGACUUUAUAUUAGGCUCAAGUAAUCGAAAAUUGUCUCGGCCAUAAGUGAAUGAGCGGAAGCGUUUGUAAUGUGUAUUUAUCGUAAUUGAACUGGAUCGUGAGAGAUAUAGAAAGAGAGAAGAGAGGAGGAUGGAUUUACUUGGGUGUAAUGUUAAAAACAAAAGCGUUGAAAGUGUAAACAGAGUCUAACUUUUAGCUUUAAGCUGCGUUUUUACUGGCACUUUAAAUAAAAUACAAAAAUAAAACAA